ACUCAGCUCAGUCGUCUUAGGUCAAACUACGCAGUAUGUCCUCUCCGUUUUUAUUCGACAAUUUGGCUGUUCAAAUGUGUCGAAUUAGUAUUUUGAUUGUGUUUUUCUUUAUCACUAACACACAAGGCUGCCAGCAGAGAAACAUUUCCUGCGACCACAUUAAGACUGAUGAUGGAUUUGAGUUCCAGUAUCAGUGUCCUGAGAAUAGUGAGAUUUUUGUGGAUCAUGAUAAGACCCCAUUUGCUUAUCGUGAGCUUGGCAAUCACAGUUUUGAGUGUUCACGUGAAGUGAUUAGCAUUGACAACCGUACAGUCGUGACAAGAGGCUGCCAGGACCUGCAGGUUAAAUGUAUAUUUCCUAAUGGAGAGAAGCGUGUGAAGGAGACAUGUAUGGAGUAUAAAAUUACUGGAAAGCCUUCUUUUGGCAAUAUAAUGGAUGCGGCUCAGCAAAGCAGUUGGGACGAAUUUGAGUGCAACACCAACAAGGGGAAGUUGAAAAGACCUGAGCCCGAUGAUUCACCAACAUGGUAUCGGUACCUCAUCAUCGGUGUACCACUUGUGCUCGUGAUCUUUGGGAUUGUUGGGAUGCUUUGUUGCUGUUACAGUCGAUGGAAAAAGAAGCAGCACGGUGCAGCUACAGUUCCUGAGCUUGUAAGUUACCUACGGACUGGCGGUUGUCUCAGAAAGAAUUCCCCUGCAGAGAGAGGAGAGGAACUAGAAACUGGUGCUGCCGAAUGUGACUCUAUCCAGGAGGUCACAGCUGGUGAUUCAGGGACUCAGCAGAAUGGUGUUAAGAGAACGAGUGUAAUGUCUGCCUCUGGUCUGCGUGGAUGUGGUGAAAAUGAUAUCGAGCAUGAUGACACACUUGGAAAUGUGCUUGUUCACAGUAUUGAUCUCAAUGCUGAUGGCACGACUCCUCAAUCCUUUAGUCUGGACCACAACUUGAGCAACGGGGGAAUCGAGCUGGCUGAAAAUGGAGACGUAAGUGCCCCUGACGUUAACGGAGCCGCUAAUCGUCGAGCCAUGCACAGGAGCUUGAGGGACGAUCCAGGAGGAGUGCGUUAUAAUAAAGACAAGGACGUUGUUCAGAUCAUGAAGGAGCCCAGUGGAUGGACUCAUGGUGGUCAUGGUCGUGAAGAUCACGGGAGGGAAGUACAGCCGCUGCUGUCAGAUCAUGGAGCUGCCUCCCAAGGUUUUGACAUGACAGGUGGAGCCGCAGCUUCAGACCAGGUCAGCAGGUGCUCUAGUGCACAGGACACUGACGUGGAGUCAACACCCAAGAUCAAAAACUGUGGUCAACAUAUAAACUGAAUAAUAAUAAUAAUAAUAAUAAUGAUGAUAAUUAUCUCUUAUAUAUAUAUUAUAAAUACAAGAUAGAGUAUGUGGUACAUUUACUGACAGCUCCUUUGUGGUCAAGUCCAAAACGUUUUGUUUAAAUAAUCAUUUUCAUCCCAUGAUGCUUUGCUCUCUUAAUGAGCAAGUUGUCUUUUCUCACAGUAUUAGAAGACACAUUAUUUCCAACCCCUGUGUACCUUAUUUUAUAUAAUUGCAACAUCUUCAAAUUGUUCAGCGACACGUUUUGCAUCAAAGAAAAAAAUGAGACAAUCCCGAUGGAAAUUGGUGUUGUCUAUGCGGCGUUUUCAGCCUAUUCAUUUAUUUGAUCUGCCAAUCAGAUGGCUCAGAUCACUUAUUACUUUACAUGGGAGAUUGAAUUUUAAGUGCAUGGCUUGACCAAAGAAUCGGGUGGUCCGAAAACCUGUCAGAAAAUGUACCACAUACACAGCUGUGCGACAGCUUGAUGAUGUACUAGUAUAAAUGAAGGAGCAGCAGGUAGAAUAUAUAUUAUAUAUCCAUUUUAUGGACUAAAUAGAUAACCUUAUUAGUAUGUAUAGUUUGGAGAUCAUAAUACAUAUGUGCAGUAUGUAUAUAUUUUUUUCUUUUUCUAUUUGAGUUGACUUUAUGUACUUUAUCAUUUAUCCAAACAAUUAUAAGUACAGUAAGUCUGCAUUUAUUUAGUUAUUUCUGUGUAAUCUAGCAACAUGUGUGUGUAACCUGUAUCAGUUAUUCUGUGUUAGCUACAGUGCAUGUAUUCACUCUGCUUUGGCAAAUUAUUAUGUAACUCCUGUGUUUAGCUGCAUUGCUUUUGCUUUUUAGUUGUUCAAUUUAAAUAUAGAUAAUAAUAAAACACCAAGGGAGUAGGGUUCGUUUCAGUAUUGUGGGGGCACAUGUGGGAUUUAGGGUCCUCUGCAAGAAAAUUGUGAGCAUCGGACAAUUCAUUUCCUGGUGAUUAUUUUAUGCACCAGUUUGUGCCUUUUCUGCAUCGAUUUAUGGUGUAAAUGCCUUAAAUUUUAAAUUAAAGUCCAUGUCUAUGUUCAUGUUUUUAUUGGUGAGGUGAACAAAUGCAGGUAGUACAUGUUGAGGAGGAUGUGACCCCUGAAAUCUAUGAUUUAUGAUAACCUAUGAUGUAAAAAAUGAUAAAUUCCUGUCAAGAGAUUUGAAAUAAACUCUUGUCUUCAUCCAGGA